ACCAUGUGGAGUGUAUGUGCGGCAGUCCUGGCACUGGCCUCCUUGACUGGCCUAACCUCGGGAGACACUGACUCACAGCGGCCCAGACGUGACUCAAACUUGGAAAUCUAUAAGCGUAUGUUUGAAACCAAGAGGAAAGAUCAGCUCAACGCGCUUAAGAAUCUAGUUGAACUGAAUGAUAUUAACCAGCAAUAUAAGAUCAUCGACAUCAUGCUCAAAGGCCUCUUCAAGGUCUUGGAGGACUCCAGACAAAUCCUUGUCACAGCCAACAUGCAGCCUGACGACCCAUUCCCUCUGGAUGAUAAAGUCAAAGAAGCUUAUUCCCACGUAGUGGAAAAUACAGCAUUUUUCGGCGAUGUGGCAUUGCGCUUUCCACGGAUUGUCCACCACUACUUUGACCGGAACACUGAUUGGGGAGGUCUGCUGCGCUGGGGACUGAAUUUUUGUAAUCAGACUGGAGUUUUCACUGGUGGAGCCCACCAACAUGUCCUCACGCUGAUGUCGCAGGAACUGGGAAUAACAGAGAAAUCUCCAGAUUUCAUCAACCCUUAUCGGACAGAAAGAGACGAUGUGCUCCACACGGCUGAGGCCUUCCAGAAGAUCCUGCGGGAGGAAGAGAAGAGGAGAAGGAAGGAGGAGAAGAGGAAAGAAAUUCGAAAAGGCCCUCGUAUAUCUCGCUCUCGAAGCGAGCUAUAG